AUGACGAGCCUGGGCGAUGAGGCCUACACGCUCCUCAACGAUCUCGUCAGCAGCUAUGACAACUUGCCCUCUGAGAUUGGCCAUCUCAUGGCGGAGAUACGCGCAAAGUCAGAUGACUACUCGGCUUGUUCUAUGAAGGCAAGACAGAGAGAUGCAGCGAUACAGAAAUGGCACAAGCUGCACGGAUUAUCGAUCGAGAACCCCAAGGAGGUUCUCCUGAUCGAAAAGAUCAACAAGAACUUGGGCGAGUGUCGUGUCAUGGCAGAUGACAAGAUCAAACUGGCCGAGCGCGCGCUCCGUCUCGUUGACCGACAUUUGGCCAAGAUGAACGGCGAGAUGACGCGACUGGCAGCCCAGAACCCUGCGCUACUCGCCCAGCCCAACCUGUACGGUGCAGCGGGUCUCUCGGCCGGACUACAGCCUGUCUUCUCGGGCGUGGAAGAUAUGCUCGCCAAUGAUGAGAUGGGUUCCGUUCGAUCUCACAAACGAAAGCACCAUCACGCCAACGGCACCAUCACCGUUCCCACCGUGCCUUCCAUCGCCAUGCCCAACUACAACAAGGACAAAGCUCGGUCACGUCUCUCACAGUCUUACGUCUCCCAGGGAGGGAACAACAAACGGGUGAAGUACAGGGAAGACGAAUCGGCCCUGACGUCUGAUGAUCUGCUCGUGGACGAUGUGGAAGAAGGAGGUGAUGCGGGAGAGGAUACGACGGAGUACUGUUUCUGCCAUCGCACCAGUUUCGGCGAUAUGGUCGCUUGUGAUAACGACGAUUGCGAGUACGAAUGGUUCCACUGGAGCUGUGUCGGCCUCAAGCAAGCUCCCGAUCCGAGCAAGAAGUGGUACUGCCCUGCCUGUCGAUCAGGUGGCGACCAGGCCUCUCGAGAUCGGCGAGCUCAGAAAGCAAGGCAACGCUACUACUGUCACUAUAGCGCAAGUCUCGUCACUUUCGAGCCUGUCGAUGUCGAUGGCUCUGCUCAUCGCAUGAGCAGAGGGCCACAGAGCUUGACGCGCCUGUCUCCGCACAGAUUCGUUGCGCACGAAGCGUGGGUGAAGUUCGAGCGGGCAAGAGUCAAAGUGGCGGCUCACGUCGAGUCGACACACUAUGACACACUGGCAGUGACACGGCAAGCUAGCCAAGCAGAGAUCAGAAGCGCCUACUUGCGGCUCAUACUGCAGCAUCAUCCUGACAAACUCGACCCGGACCGUCUUGACGACAACGACAAGAGCCGAGCAAUUGUACAAGCUUUUGCUGUGCUGGGCAAGAGCGACAGUCGAGCUCAGUAUGACAGAGAGUUGAGCAUUGCUCAGAGCAAGAUCAAAGGCAAGCAAAGCGCAAGAGCUGCAACGAUCGAUCUGGAAGAGAUGGCCGAGCUCGAGAUGGCGCGAGACGGCAUGGAGGGGUACAGCUUUCCUUGUCGAUGUGGUUCAGCUUUUGUCCUUUCGUCCCAUCAGCUCACGGAAGCCAUCACACGGUCGAGCGAGGGUACGGCCGCGAAGCACACCCUUGCUGUGCCUUGCCAAGGCUGUAGCCUUGUGAUCGAUGUCGAGUACUACGACGAUGCCUUUGCCUGA